CCCGAGACAUCCUCCAGAGCCGUCGGGUCUCAGAGAUUCCCGAUUUUCCCGAGGGUCAGCUCACAAUACCCCUCCCUCAGCACUGUUGCGCCCCGCGCGCCCGACAAGGCUGGCCCAGAGGGCGUGUGCCUGUUUCUGCGCAACGAGUUCAAAAAGAUGUUCCCGAACGAGACGUUCGACCGCCGUGCACCGCUGGACGAGUGGAUGAACCGCGUGCUGAAAGGGGUCGGCGCGUUCAAGCACAACAUCAUUGAGGAUUUGGACUUCCUGGAGGUCUUCAGCGGCCACGGCGGCGCGAGCGCAGCGGUGCGGAAGGUGAGGAGAUCCCGCGGACGUUGCCUACGCGACUGACGACGUCUCCAGAGAUCCACGAGCUGGCGA